GUUGAUAUUCGGAGUCCCUCAGCGCCACCAUGGGCAAGGCCGAAACAAAUGCGUACAAAGGCCCAGACAGACGAUCAGCUUCUCUCCUCAGUCAUACUUUUGAAAAGAUAUUUUUCCGUAUACCCGAUAACCGCUCAUCCCCAAGGUUAGCAUUGGAAAACAUAGACAUAAAAAGAGCAGGCAUGUCCAUGGCGUCAUCAAGCAGAAGCAGCAACUUCUGGGAUUUCAGACCAAAAGGAGUGCUGCGGACAGGCAUGGAAGAGUAGGCGAGCAGCAGACGCC